AUGGCAUGGGAUAAUCAGACCUCCAACUCUGACUUCCUCCUGCUAGGAAUCUUCAAUCACAGUCCCACCCACACCUUCCUCUUCUCUCUGGUCCUGGGCAUCUUUGCAGUGGCCUUCAUGGGGAACUCAGCCAUGGUUCUCCUCAUCUACCUGGACACCCAGCUCCACACCCCUAUGUACUUCCUCCUCAGCCAGCUGUCCCUCAUGGACCUCAUGCUCAUCUGCACCACUGUUCCCAAGAUGGCCUUCAACUACUUGUCUGGAAAGAAAUACAUCUCUCUGGCAGGUUGUGGAACCCAGAUAUUCUUCUAUGUGUCCCUGCUUGGAGCUGAAUGUUUCCUGUUGGCUGUGAUGGCUUAUGAUAGGUAUGUUGCCAUUUGCCACCCAUUAAGAUAUCCAGUUCUCAUGAGCCAAAAAAUCUGUAGUCUCAUGGCUACUUCUUCUUGGAUCCUUGGUUCCCUUGAUGGUGUAAUUGAAGUUGCAGUUGCACUGUCCUUCUCAUACUGUGGUGCCCGGGAAGUACCCCACUUUUUCUGUGAUGUUCCUGCCCUUCUUACUCUCUCGUGUGAUGACACCCUGAUGUUUGAAAGGAUGAUAUUCAUCUGCUGUGUCAUUAUGCUUCUUUUCCCUGUAGCAGUCAUAAUAGCUUCCUAUGUUCAUGUCAUUCUGACUGUAAUUCGCAUGGGAUCUGGAGAGAGUCGCCACAAAGCCUUUGCUACCUGCUCUUCUCACCUUAUGGUGGUGGGAAUGUACUAUGGAGCAGCCAUGUUUAUAUACAUGCGGCCCACUACUGAUCGAUCACCCACCCAGGACAAGAUGGUGUCGGCCUUCUAUACUAUCCUCACCCCCAUGCUGAACCCUCUCAUCUACAGCCUCCGCAACAAAGAGGUGACCCGAGCAUUCAUGAAGGUGUUAAGGAAGGACCAGUCUGGAGAGCAAAUUGUCUAA